CUACGUUCAAAGUUUAUUCGACCCGUUCAUAGAUCCUGAAGUACAAGCCAGGCUGGUCUCUAGCUUGCUUUCCUACCACUGGGUUAUGAACCUCGUCUUGCCGCAAUGGUCUGGACUCUGGAUGUAAUACCUGGUCGGGGCCUCGUGUCAAUUGCUUCUAUCAGUCAGCCAAUGGAACAAUUUGUACAAUGUGGUCUUUAACCUUAAGUCUCAGGUGUGCUGUGACUUGCGAACGAAUUCCUCGACUGAUCAUGCCAGAACCUUUUGACAUUCUCCGCAUCUCAGAAAUUCUCGCAGUUAUCCUUGAUGAAUUACAAGACGACAAGAAGUCGUUGUACCACAUGUCUUGCUGUUGUCGUGCAUUUACAGAUCUUGCCCUCGAUAUCCUCUGGAAAUCUAUGUACUCCUUUGCGCCAUUUACUUUGUUGAUUCCACAAAGCGCAUCAUUUGUGAAUGACGCCCGGACGAGUGACUGUUAUCUCCUGAAGUAUCGCUGCAAUUCAUUGGAUGACUGGAAAACUUUGCGCAUAGGAGAAUACAACAAUGAUGGCGCAGAUCUCAUAAAAAAUCGGGAUUGCUAUACACGCCUCACAGUCAUUCGCGGACAGGAAGAGUUGCAUCCUUUCCCAAAAUUGCGAAGUCUGGCCUAUGUCCUCUCUGGGCCAAUUUCCUCGCAAGCGAAGCCAUUUCCCCCCUCCCUACGAUCUCUUACCCUCGUAUGUCAUAAUACACUUGAUUGUGACCCCAUUGAAUUGGCACUCGACCGCGCUGUUGCUGAAGCACCAUAUCUGAAGGAACUGCGCAUUAUCGGUCUCAUGCGGACAAUGAGAACGUUGCACUCAACACCCCAACUUCAAUUCGGGCAGAUCAGGAAGGUCGAUCUAAGCAAAGCCUAUAUUCGUGCCCCCGAGCUCGCAGCUCUUUGCACGCUGCUGUCCCAUGCACCUGUUUCAGACCUCAAAAUCCACCUUCAAGAUCGCUUGAACAUGAAUUGGCAAGCGAUUCCUCCGAUGUUCCCUGCAUUGAAGCAGUUGGAUGUUCGAGGAUCAAUGUUUUCCGUCAUCCUCUUCAUGUCACGCCUUGCAGCAACAAAUUUACAUACGCUGGUGUUUCAGCCAGACGGGCAACCUUCUGGUGUCGCGGCCUUCUUCGAUCACCUCAUACCUAUCAUCGUUGAGAAGCUCGGAAAGUCGCUGAAAUCAUUUGAUCUUCAUAUCAAUGAACCUAGGCCUCAUUUUCGGGAUAGCGACCUCAUCAAGAGUAUUUUGCAGGGGCUUGAACCUCUUGUGGAGGCAGGGUUGCAAUCACUGCGCCUGUUUUUGCAAAAUAACAAUUCAUCAGAAAAGCAGUUUUCUUCCUUGGUAUAAGAGAUGGUUUGGGUUAUACACUAGCAUGAGUCGUUUUUGGUCGCUAUCUAAGUACUUAGAGUUCGCUGUUUAAUUUUCGACAUGACUAGGCUAUUACCCUUAAGU